GACCUUCUAGGUGCAGUGUAGUUCAUUGUCACGGUGAUUUAUGUUCCACAACGUUCAACAACUGUUGUGUUUACCAGGUUGUGUUCGAAGAAGAUAUGGGCGAAGCCAGGGUGGUCUACAGCAGUGUGGAGGGCUCGUUGCCCUCUUUGUCAACAGCAUCUGUUGAAGCCGGGGCCGUCUACAGAAAUAUUGAGGUUCCUACUUUGUCGCAAACCCAGGGCGAAGCCAGGAUUGUUUACAGCAAUGUGCAAGGAACUGUACCUCCUUUGUCUCCAGCGCCUGGAGAAGCCAGAAUCAUCUACAGGAGUGCUGAAGUACCUCCUUUGUCGCCAGCGAUUGGCGGAGCUGGUGAUGUAUACAGCAAUGCUGAAGGUUCCACCACCCCGAUGUCUCCAUCACAAGGUGAGACCCCAUGGCCGCCGUCUCCAGCUGGACCACACGACUCUCUCACUCUUCUAGCUGACAUCGCUCUGGAGUGUGCAGACAAGCCAUGGUUGGUAGCUUUGCGUCCUGAAGACCUGCCCGCUCGCUACAACACACCCACGCUUGUGAGCACGCCCACACCUGCGACGACGCCCACUCCGGAGAGAGAAAGCAGUACCCCUGUACUGGAACUAGAUGCCCACACCACCAUCAUUACCGUAGCGCCACACUACGACCAGCCACUCAACCUCAGCACUAGUCCACCACGUACACCAGCACCCACCCCGCCCGCUCCCACUCCUCCCACCACACCUUCCCCACCUGUACGAGACGCCCACGUCUGCCCUGAGUGCGGACGGACCUACUCCACGUCUUCUAACCUCGCAAGACACAGACAGACGCAUCGAUCCCCGGACGACAAGAGGGUGGCGCGCAAGUGUCCAUAUUGCGAUAAAGUGUAUGUGAGCACCCCAGCCUUCAGUCAGCACAUGCGCACUCACAACCAGGGCUGCAAGUGCCACACCUGCGGCAAGUGUUUCUCACGACCGUGGCUCCUCCAAGGACACAUCAGGACCCACACAGGUGAGAAGCCGUUCAGGUGUAGCAUGUGUGGUAAGGCCUUUGCUGACAAGUCCAACCUGCGGGCUCACGUCCAGACGCACUCCAGCAUCAAGCCCUACGCCUGUACCCGCUGUGGCAAGUCCUUCGCUCUCAAAUCCUACCUCUAUAAGCACGAGGAGUCCUCUUCUUGCAUGAAGCUCCACCGAGCCCUGAGUAGAAGUGGCAUGACCCCCCAUCCUGGGACUCCUGUUGUAGGACCUAUUACAGGGGCACACGCUGAUCUACCAGCCUCCACCUCGGCCAUCACUACUACACUCCGCCAUGCGUCGCCUAGCGGGUUCGGGAGUCGUGUUGGAGGGCGACCGUUGCAUACAGUUACUAUCCUUCGAUCAGCUCCACAUGUUUCAACUGCGCGUGCCCACUGACGCCUAAACAUACCAAGUGUCCACUAACUACUUGAAAUACACAACAAAUGUUCACAGACACCUUUAAGUACACAACCAAUGACCACGAACGCUUUGGGAAACACUGAACACCUUCAAUGCCUAGCAACGCCUGCAUAUGUUCACUGACACUUUCUCGUGCAUGGCAAAUUUCCAGUGCCACCAAACACAGCAAAUGGUCACUGACGUUUCUAAGUACAUUACAACUGUCAACCAUGCCUUCAUGUAUACUGCAAAUGCCCUGUAACAUCAUUCAAUAUUGUAAAUGUCCCGUGACAGAUACAAUUACACUGCAAAAGCCCACUAACACUCGUGACACUAUUUCGCUCCACACAACCUUCACUCUUCUUAUCAACAUGGUACAACAUACUUCCACAAGAGAACACUAGGAAGAU